AUGAAUCCUUCUAAUCCUUUCAGUGGGCAGCAGCCUAGUAUGUUUUCAACAUCUUCCAGUGGUUCCUUAGGAGCAUUUCAUGCUAAACAGCCAUUCCGAUUUGGUCAGCCUUCUCUUUUUGGACAAAACAAUCUAUUACCUGGGCAAAGCUCAGGAUUUUCACAGGUUUCCAACUUUCCAGCAUCUUCUGGAGUUAUUCCUUCUUCUUCAGUGCAGACAUUGGGAUUUUCCCAAACUUCAAAUGUUGGACUCUUUUCUGGACUUGAACACACUUCAACCUUUGUAGCUACCUCUGGGCCUUCAAGCACAUCUGUUCCUGGAAACCCAGGAUUUAGUUUUAAAUCACCCACCAAUCUUGCAGUUUUCCCGAGUACUUCUCAUUUUGGACCAGAAGCUGGAGAAAGAGCAAGCUCUGGCUUUGGGAAGACAGAAUUCAGCUUUAAACCUCUGGAAAAUGCAGUGUUCAGACCAAUAUUGGGGGCUGAAUCGGAGCCAGAGAAAACCCAGGGCCAAAUUUCUUCAGGAUGUUUUACAUUUUCCCACCCAAUUAGUAGUGGAUCUGGGGGACUGGCUCCUUUUUCUUUUCCUCAGGUGACAAGUAACUCAUCAACCAAUUCAAAUUUUACCUUUUCAAAGCCAGUUAAUAGUAAUAACUCAUCAUCUGCCUUUGCACCUGCUUCGUCAAAUCAAAAUACGGAGGAAGAGAAAAGAGCCCCCAAAUCACUGUUUGGAAGUUCUAAUAGUAGUUUCACUAGCUUCCCUUUGUCAUCUUCAGGGUCUUUGGCUGACUCCUUCACAGGAGGCAAAGGAGGCAUCAGACAAGUAUGCGAAGAAACUGUGUCACAGAUGGACCCACUCCCCAACCUCAUGAAAGGACUGAAAAGGAAGGAGGAUCAGGAUCGCUCCCCAAGGAGACACGACCGGGACGCAGUGGAAGACUCAGACCCUCUGUCCCGGGGUGACCAUCCUCCAGAUAAGCGGCCCGUCCGCUUGAACCGACCCCGGGGAGGCACUUUGUUUGAUCGGACCUUACAAGACGUCUUGAAGAGCAAUAAAGAAAUAGGUCGCUUAGGCAGCAAGGAACAAAAGAAGGAAAUUGGCUGUGUUGAGUCUGAGGAAAACGACCACAUGACCAUGCCCGGAGGGAGUCAGUCUGUCUUGACACUUUCUAGGCUUCCUGGUGUGAAUAAAGAGGAAGAAACUGAAGGUAGAGAUAAAAAAGAAGAUUCUCUAAGAGGAACUCCUAUGCGUCAUAGUAAAAGAAGUGAAAGCACAGACAGUCUUGGGGGCUUGUCUCCUGCUGAACUCACAGCCAUCCAGUGCAAGAACAUCCCUGAUUAUCUCAAUGACAGAACCAUUCUGGAGAACCAUUUCAGCAAAAUUGCCAAAGUACAACGUGUCUAUACCAGGCGCAGCAAAAAGCUUGCUGUGGUAUAUUUUUUUGAUCACGCAUCUGCAGCCCUGGCAAGGAAGAAGGGGAAAGGUCUACAUAAAGAUGUGGCUAUCUUCUGGCAUAAGAAGAAAAUAAGCCCCAACAAGAAGCCAUUUGCCCUCAAGGAGAAGCAGCUAGGUGAUGGUGAAGCAAACCCAGGCUCAGAAGAUGCAUCCUCCCAGCAUACUUCCCUAUGUAAGCCCAUGGUCAGGGUUGCAGCUGGUGGUUGCCUCCUCAGUAAAAGCUCUCCAGUGAAGAAGCCUAGUCUCCUGAAGACCCUUCAGUUUGAGGUAGACCCCUUUGAUUCUGGCUCUGAGGGCCCUGAGGGUCUUGGGCCCUGUGUGUCUUCCCUCAGUGCCCUUGUGGGCACCGUGGCUGAGACCUCUGAAGAGAAGUACCGUCUUCUGGACCAGAGAGACAGGGUGAUGCGGCAAGCUCGAGUAAAGAGGACUGACCUGGACAAAGCAAGGACUUUUGUUGGGACAUGCCCGGACAUGUGUCCUGAGAAGGAGCGGUAUAUGCGGGAGACCAGGAACCAGCUGAGCGUGUUUGAAGUGAUCCCUGGGACAGACCAGGUGGACCAUGCAGCGGCUAUCAAGGAGUACAGCCGGUCCUCAGCUGAUCAGGAGGAGCCGCUGCCACAUGAGCUUCGGCCAUCAGCAGUGCUCAGCAGGACCAUGGACUACCUGGUGACCCAGAUCAUGGAUCAGAAAGAGGGCAGCCUACGCGACUGGUACGACUUCGUGUGGAACCGGACACGGGGCAUUCGGAAGGACAUCACGCAGCAGCACUUGUGUGACCCCCUGACGGUGUCCCUGAUUGAGAAAUGCACACGGUUCCACAUCCAUUGUGCUCAUUUCAUGUGUGAGGAGCCCAUGUCCUCCUUCGAUGCCAAGAUCAACAAUGAGAACAUGACCAAGUGCCUCCAGAGUCUGAAAGAAAUGUACCAGGACCUGAGGAACAAAGGUAUCUCCUGUGCUGGUGAGGCAGAAUUCCAGGGCUACAAUGUGCUGCUCAACCUCAACAAGGGGGACAUCCUAAGAGAAGUACAACAGUUCCCUCCUGCCGUUAGAAACUCGUCUGAGGUGAAAUUUGCCGUUCAGGCUUUUGCUGCACUGAACAGUAAUAACUUCGUGAGAUUUUUCAAACUGGUUCAGUCUGCGUCUUACCUGAAUGCCUGUCUUUUACAUUGUUACUUUAAUCAGAUCCGCAAAGAUGCACUUAGGGCACUCAAUGUGGCCUACACAGUGAGCACACAGCGGUCCACUACCUUCCCCCUGGACAGUGUGGUGCACAUGCUGCUGUUCCAAGAUGGUGAUGAGGCGACUGACUUCCUUAGUUACCAUGGCCUGGCUACUUCUGAUGGCUGUGUUGAGCUGAACCGGUCAGCAUUCCUGGAACCAGAGGGCUUGUCCAAGGCCAAGAAGUCAGUGUUCAUCACCCAGAAGCUGAUGGUGUCAGUUGGGGAGAUUGUAAAUGGGGGGCCACUGCCCCCCAUCCCCUGCCAGACACCUGUAUGCAGCUUCAACUCCCAGAACAAGUAUGUUGGGGAGAGCCUGGCCACUGAGUCAAUUGCUGGUCCCCAGAAACCUGGCACAGAGGCCACUGGUGGCGAGAGAGGAGAGGAGCGCAAUGCAGAGACCACUGUACCUUUUUCUCUGCCUGGGCUGCUUCCACAGCCCCUGGCCCAUGCACCAUUGCCUAUGUCUCUGCCUCACUUCCCAGCCCCAUCCGUGGCUGUGGGGUCUAGUCUCUUCCAGCCCCCCAUGCAGCCGGAGCUCCACCCACCGAGGAUAGUGCCUGUGUACUCUGAUGAGGACAUUGCCCAGGUGGUGGAUGAGAUCAUCCAGGAGGUUCUCCAGAGGGACUGUGAGGAGGUUGGUGCUGUUGGCGCAGCAUAUGCAGCCACGGCCCUGGGUAUGUCCAUCAUGACUGCAGAGGAGCUGCUGGCAGCCACCACUGAGGGCAUCCUGAGGACUCUUGCAGCUGAGGGUGUGAGUGAGGCACGGGCCCGGGCAGAGGAGGAGCAGCGGCAGGCUGAGCAGGAACGGUUGAAACAGGAGAGAGAACUAGUUUUAAAUCAGCUGAGUCAGGGCCUGGCUGUGGAGCUGACAGAGCUAGUGGUGACAGAAUGUGUCAGCGAGACUGUGGCCCAGGAGCUGAAGUGUGCAUUGGAGGCUGACCAGAGAGCCCGGCUGGACCGCUGCUGUGAGGACGUCUGUGGCCACUUGGUGGACUUGUUCUUAGGGGAGGAAACUUUCCAGACAGCAAGGGAAACCCUUCAGGAGCUUCAGUGCUUUUGCAAAUAUCUACAGCGGUGGAGGGAUGCUGUUACGGCCCGGAAGAGGCUGAGGCGCCAGAUGCGGGCCUUCCCUGCGGCCCCCUGUGGCAUGGACAUGGUCAAACAGUUGAGAGCACUGGCCCCAAGUGCUGAGUGCCCCAUCACGGCAGAGAACCUGGCCCGGGGCAUCCUGAACCUGGGCCACGCGGGCAAGCUGGGUAUCUCCUGCACCAGAUUGAGGCAGCUCAGGGACAUGGCUGCUCAUCGUAUGAAGGUCCAGCACUUCCACCAGCAGCUACUGAGGGAUGCAGUGUGGGCACCUCUGGACCUGCCGACCCUUGUGGCUGAGCACCUUCCUGGGUGGCGGGAGCAUGUAUUCUGGAAGCUGGUGCUGGUGCUGCCAGAUGGAGAAGAGGUGACCCCAGGGAGUCCCAGCAGAAUUCUAGCAAAUUGGUUGAAGGUCAAGUUCAUGGGAGACGGAUGCCUGGCAGACAGUGCAGGCAGCGAUGUGGGUGGGAUCCAGACACUUACUAUGGCAAGCGCUCUCAGCAGCAGAGGGGGACGGACAGUGUCUGUCAGCGUGUGUGUGAAGGUGGCUCGUGGCACCCUCAGUGACCAUGCCCUUGAUGCUGUGGAGAUGCAGAAAGACCUCUUGGGUGCCAGUGCACUACUGCUGCUGCUGCCCCCCCGAAUACAGAGUGAGGACAUGGCUGAGGAAGAUGUGUACUGGCUGUCUGCCCUGCUGCAGCUCAAGCAGCUCCUGCAGGCCAAGCCUUUCCAGCCUGCAAUCCCAUUGGCUGUUCUCGCACCCAGCCUGGAUGGGGAUGCUGUUGAGAGGGACGUGGAAGAUGGCUUGAUGUUGCAGGAUUUGGUGUCAGCUAAGCUCAUCUCAGAUUACACUGUUAUUGAGAUCUCAGAUUCCAUCCAGGACUUACGAGGCACAGCUAAGGUCUCGCGGGCAGUGCAGUGGCUGGUUUCUCGCUCUCCUGGUGCCCUGGACCUCUGUUGCCAGACGCUAACCCAAUACGUUGAGGAUGGGAUUGCCCGGGAGUUCAGUGGCCGGUUCUUUCAUGACCGGCGGGAGCGGCGGCUGGCUGGCCUGGCCUCGCAGGACCCUGGAGCUGUCAUUGAGCUCUUCAAUAGCGUGCUGUACUUCCUAGCCACUGUGGCCUCUUUGGAGCAGCUCUGUGACCUGUCCUGGCCCAUCACUGAGUUUGCUGAGGUUGGGGGUAGCCGGCUAUUGCCCCACCUACACUGGAACAGCCCAGAGCACCUGGCUUGGCUUAAGCAGGCAGUGCUUGCCUUUCAGAUCCCACAGAUGGACCUUCCGCCAUCCGGGGCGCCCUGGGCCCCUGUCUGUGCCAUGGUCUUCCAGUAUGCGUCCCAGAUCUCCAGUUCACGCCAGACGCAGCCUGUCCUCCAGUCCCAGGUGGAGAGCCUGCUCGGCAGGACCUACAGCAGGUGGAAGAGCCAGAACCCCACUCUAGGCGCGUCAGCAGGACCUUCAGUCGCUGAGAUUCCAUGGGACGAUUUCCUUGCCCUGUGCAUUGACCACAAGCUGCGCGACUGGGUGCCCCCCCGGCUCCCCAUCGCCUCAGAGGCAUUGAGUGAAGAUGGUCAGAUAUGUGUAUAUUUCUUUAAAAACCAUUUGAAAAAAUAUGAAGUCCCAUUGUCAUGGGAACGGGCCAGAAUCCAGACACAGAAGGAGCUACAGCAGAGCCGGGGAUGCUUGGGGAUGAAGUCUCUCUACUCUUCUGGUAACCAUUUCCCUGCUCCGUUACUUCACGUCCACCUGAAGCAGAAAAGGAGCACUGUGGCUGGCCAGGAAGGGGGCAUUCGCAGUGCGGAGGACUUGAUCUGUGGUGCUUCAGUCGGAGAGCGGCUCUCGCAGUGCCUGUCCAGCAGCCUUCUGCUAGAGAAGGAGGAGAACAGGAGGUUUGAAGAUCAGCUUCAGCAGUGGUUGUCUGAAGAUUUGGAAGCAUUUACAGAUUCAACUUCCCUUCCCCUCUACCUUCCUCAGACUCUGGUGUCUCUGCCUCAGACUAUCCAAUCAGCGAAAUCUUCUACAAGUACUAGUCCACAAAACAAAAGGACAAGAGAGCACCUGCAGCCAUCUGAGGCCACAGAUGUGUCUCUGACUGAGCGGCUGAAGCACCUGGAAAGGCUUAUCCAGAGCUCGAGAGAGGAGGAAGUUGCCUCCGAGCUCCAUCUCUCUGCACUGCUGGACAUGGUGGACAUUUGA